GUUCUGUUUAUGACAUCAUUUUUUCAUAUCACCAAACUUAGGCCCUGGCACGUCACAGGUGGGAGAAAUGUCUAUACCAAGAUUCCUAAAAGUGACAUAUGGAGCAUACGAUAAUUAUAUUCCAGUCAGUGAAUUAAGCAAAAAGUCAUGGAAUCAGCAAUACUUUUCCCUGGCAUUUCCCAAACCACCAAGGCCAGGAAAGAAACGGAGAUCACUACCUUCCCAGUUACAGAACAAUACAGCUCCUGUAAUUGAUGAAGAAAAAUUAGGAAUUCGCAGACCACCAUUAUGGAUGCACCGUUCCCUGAUGAGAAUAUCGGAGAGACCAUCCGUUUAUUUAGCUGCCAGAAAGGGCCUUCCACCAAAACCACCUCGUUUUGGCAGAGGGGAGUCUAAAAGAGCAGGCACACUCAAGCCUUCAGAAAAAACAAAGAAAGAAGUGAAACUGAAAAAAUAUGAAUCUGAAGCAAAAGAGAAGACAGCAUCAAAGACAGACAAGGGAGAAAGUCCCAAACCAGUUGCCAAGAAAAUUUCAAAGGAUUUACAGAAGGACAAGGGAAGAUUAUCUUCAGAAUCUGGUAGUGAAAAGGCAGAUGGGAAGAAAGGAGCCAAGGCCAGUAAAAAAGGUGCAAAAGGUAAAGAUUCCGCCUCAGAAACUGGAAGUGAAAAACCUGGUGUGAAGAAGGAAGCCAAGGCCACUAAAAAAGGGUCAAAAGAUAAAGAUUCCGCCUCAGAAACUGGAAGUGAAAAACCUGGUGCGAAGAAGGAAGCCAAGACCACUAAAAAAGGGUCAAAAGAUAAAGCUUCAGCCUCAGAAUCUGGAAGUGAAAAGGCUGGUGCGAAGAAAGCCAAGGCUACUAAAAAAGGGUCAAAAGAUAAAGCUUCAGCCUCAGAAUCUGGAAGUGAAAAGGCUGGUGCGAAGAAAGAUUCCAAGACAGGUAAAAAAGGCUCAAAGGAUAAAGCUUCAGCCUCAGAAUCUGAAGCUGGAAAGGCUGUUGCAAAGAAAGAUUCCAAGACAGGUAAAAAAGGCUCAAAGGAUAAAGCUUCAGCCUCAGAAUCUGAAGCUGGAAAGGCUGUUGCAAAGAAAGAUUCCAAGACAGGUAAAAAAGGCUCAAAGGAUAAAGCUUCAGCCUCAGAAUCUGAAGCUGGAAAGGCUGAUGCAAAGAAAGAUUCCAAGACAGGUAAAAAAAGUCCAAAGGCUUCAAAAGAAAAACUUGUAAGUACAUCAGCUGUCAAAGAGGGUGAAAAGAAAGAUGAAAAACCCAUUAAACAGGAUUCAAAAAGCAAAGAUACAGUUACAGAUUCUGCAAGUGAAAAGGGAGAUGCAAAGAAAGAGGAAACGAAGGAAGAGAAAAAGGAGAAGAAGGGAGAUGGAGACGCAAAAGAGGGUAAGAAAGACAAGAAAGACAAGAAGGACAAGAAGGACAAGAAGGACAAGAAGGACAAGAAGGACAAGAAAGACAAGAAAGACAAGAAAGACAAGAAAGACAAGAAAGACAAGAAAGAAAAGAAGGCGAAGUAGGUCUUGGUUCAGAAAGCAAACUGAAGGCAUGAACUCCAAAGCAUAUUCAGUGAACCCAUUCCAAUAGUCUUAACAUUCAUCCAUGAGAUAAAAGAAGUAUACAAAGAUUAAUCAAAUCAUUUAUUAAAGAGAAGGAAAAUUACAAGGUGAGAUAAAAAUAUACUCAUGGAAUUUAAAAAAAAAAAGGGGAGGGGGCUAAGAAAACUCCAUAGGAUUCAUUGAACAAUGUGGAAGAUACCUAUUUAAAAUUUGUAGCUAUGGAGGUUUAAAAGUAAAAUCACUAGAGAGAUUCAAAGAAUAUGCAAAUAAGAAUGCAGAUAAUAAUGAUUGGAAAACAACAAAAACCCACACUAUUCCAUAAGGACUUUGUUUAUAAAAAAAAAAAAAAAAACAUAUAUCUUACAAGAAGGCUUAGUGCUGUCUCUAGAUUUAAUCAUGUGCAGCUGAGCUUGUACACCUAAGAAGCACUUAAUAGCCAAGAAAGGCAAAACAAUGCUUAGAAAAUAGAGUUUGAACUAAAUAAAUAUCAAAAAUGGCUUUACAAGGAAAACAAAUAGAAGAGAAGGAAGAGAACAAAGGAUGAGUGUGGAAGGAAUGAAGACAAAGAUGGAAGGAAAGAUGAAAGACCACCAUCCAUAGGAAAAAAGAGAAAGCACACCUUGAGUUUGUUUACAGGACCAUCUGAGUUUCAAGUAACUACAAGACUGACCCACCUGUAAUUCCUGAUGAACAUUUUUGGAGGCAGGAUGAAGCUACUCAUUGACAUCAAAGGAUGUCCCAAUGGCAUAUUCAAAUCAACAUGACCACAACAGAACACUUGAUAUGACCAUCAAAGACUAUGGUUCCCAAAUCUCGAUUCUGCAAUCUAAGCCAGUACCUCAUCUAAGACUGGCACUGUCCAUCACAACUGGCAGAGGUAUGAAGUUGCUGUUUUUACCAAGUCUGCAGUGAGAAAGCAGAGAAGAGGAGGAAGUUGGGUUGGGCUAUCAAACUUCAAGAAUGUGAAAAAGAAAGAAGAUGAUGAAAUCAAAGAGAUAUCACCAACACUGGAAGCAAGAAGCAAAAAAAAAAAAAUAAAAAUAAAAACAACAACAACAAAAAAACCAACAUAACUUUAUGAAGGUCAUUUAAGAAGUACAGCAGAACCCUGGCAAUGAAGAUAUUGUAUACUUUUAUUCAAAAUCUAUGGUAUACUAUGAUGAACUUUUCAAAAUUCCCAUUAUGGAAGAGUGCAACAUUUCAUUCUUUUGAUUAUCUUCAUGUCCGUGAAGUUGUCAGGCAGCUCUAAUUUUGAAAUGAAUGAAUUUUAACAUCAGAGGAGAACAUCCAUUAAAACAUCUCUCCUUGGAUACGUCUCAUAUGUCUCUACAUGUUAUGGUUACAUUUUAAUUUAAAACCAUACAUAUGGUCAU